AUGCCUUAUCCAGAAGAGUUUACAGGUAUCGGUGUGAUUUCCACUGAUUCAUGGAGAACCCCUCAACGUGUUACCUACCCAGCUAAAUCUUUUGAUCCAAGAGAUAUUGAUAUCCAAAUUGAUGCAUGUGGGGUAUGUGGUUCCGAUUUACAUACUGUCCAAGGUCAUUGGAGACCCAUUCGUGAUAAGAUGGUAGUCGGUCACGAAAUUGUAGGAACUGUGGUUGCCGUUGGUUCUCAAUGUAAUUCCGGUUUCAAGAUAGGUGAUCGUGUUGGUGUCGGUGCUCAGGUGUUAUCAUGUCUAGAGUGUGAACGUUGCGAAGAAGGGAACGAACCGUAUUGUGCUAAAUUCGUAUCGUGUUACAAUCGCCCUUACGAUGAUGGUUAUGUCUCUCAAGGUGGUUAUGCUUCUCAUGUUCGGGUUCAUGAGCAUUUCGUAAUCCCAAUCCCUGAAUCAAUUCCAUCGGAAUUAGCUGCUCCUUUACUUUGUGGUGGGAUCACAGUUUAUUCGCCAUUACGUCGUAAUGGUUGUGGAACUGGAAAACGUGUUGGGAUCGUUGGGAUCGGUGGUCUGGGUCAUAUGGCUGUGUUAUUUGCUAAGGCUAUGGGUGCUGAAGUAUGGGCAUUCUCUCGUAGAAAUAAUAAACGUGAAGAUGCUUUGAACUUGGGUGCAGACCAUUACAUUGCAACAAGUGAGACUCCAGGUUGGGAUUCUGAACUAAAGAGUAAACUAGAUUUGGUUCUUGUUUGUGCUUCUUCCUUAUCUGAUAUUGAAUUAGAUAAAUAUGUUUCUUCAAUGAGAGUUGGUGGGAAAAUUAUAUCUGUCUGUAUCCCCGAGAAACAUGAAAAAUUGUCAUUAAGUGCAUUUGGAUUAGCUGGUGUCCAUGUGUCUAACAGUGCUUUGGGUUCUCCAGAAGAGAUUAGAGAACUUUUAGCUUUAGUAGCAGAGAAAGGAAUCAAGAUUUGGGUAGAAACUUUACCAGUCGGAGAAUCAGGCGUUUCAGAAGCAUUACAACGUCUAGAUAAAGGGGAUGUUCGUUACAGGUUUACACUUGUUGAUUUCGAUAAGGAAUUUCCUAGAGAUUGA